AGACAGAAAGACAGGGAGAGAGAGGGACUUGCAGAUCUGUUUAUCAACAACUACGCUCUGGCUCCAACUGCGGGGGUCGGGGAAGUUGUCAGUAGGAAGUUUGCGUUAGCUGGUAAUUUACCCACGAUGCCCCUGCACUCGUCCCAAAGUUAAUACGCUUAAUUCACAUCCAUGUACGCCAAGCACUAUCUCUUCCGUGCCCUAUGAACUCUGCCGGUGUACGUCGGUUGUCAGUCGGUUGCGUAGCGAACACUUGAACAACUGUUUGCAGCAGAAGCGCUUCGACCUUUCACUUGAAGAUAUUGGUUGUGCUGUUUGUUUGUAUGCUUCACACCAUGUUGAUAUCACAGGCAAUGCUGUAUCCAAGCUCUUGAAAAUCAUUCCUGAAUUGUCUUUGAGGAAAAGAGUAUCAACGCAAAAUUCUGCCAGAACAGACACUGCCGACAUACAUCUAGUCACCAUGCAUAUCGAGGACUACAACAAAGUUGAUUGAAUCCCAAACCUCGGGAACUCUUUCCAAGGAUCCAGAAGGACUUUUGCUCGCCGUUGCUGCAACACAAAAGAACAGGAGAAAUACUUUAUAAUGUCGCAGAGGCGUAGAAAUAGACUGAGUAGUAGUACUAGCAAUUGUGAGAAGCGAGCCUCUGCCUUGGUACAUUGUAAGACUAAGGCAGAAGAGAUCAAUGCCAUUAUCAGCAAAGCCUUCAAGGUGGCCUACGCCAGCAUCCGUAGCAAGAAACAGUUCUACGAGCUGGUGGAUGAACUCAAUCGCGAACAGGAGGAGUAUUUCACGCAGAUCACCCGUCUGGCCGAGGAAGAGGAGCUCAAAGCGAGGCGGCCGGAAGCGCUCAUGGCAAACCAGCCAGUGCUGUCGUCGGAGAGGGUGCGGGGGUUCUCUGUUGGACAGAGUAAAGUUUGGUGGCCAUAUAUUCCUCUGAAUAUCAAUAGGAUCUCUGCGAAGCAGCAAGCGGGCAAGAUACAACACAAGCAGCCCCACCUCAUCGCUGCUAUGGAAGCUCCGCCCACAUUACCAACUCAGCCAUGUGAUUUGUCCAGAGGGCCACUCCCACCCGUACCAUUGUCCAAUAAAAGAGGAUCGCUUGGCAGUCGACUGUCGGAGCCAAUGGGUGACCCUUCUAUGAGGGAUAGCUGGGUCAUCGUUGAUCCCGACAGUGAAGUUGACCCCGAUGGAAGGCCUAUGUCACCUUCAGCACCCCCUCUCUCACCAAAAGAUGCAUACGGGAACCAAGAACCUGUUGCCAAGCAAACACAGAAAAGCAGACCGCUGCCUCCAGCGCCAUACUACGAAGUUGACUUCUACAAUGAAUGGAGCUUACAAAGUGCACUGGGACGCAACUCUGCACUUUCAGUUGUCUCUGAAACGGACAGUAAUUCUUCUUGCCAAAUCUUGCUCCAAGAUGAGCAUCCACCUCCCGCGUUACUCGCUGGUAUUGCGCCGCCUGUACCUGGACCACAUUCCACAGGACAGAUUCUUCUACAAGACUCGAGCGUUCCGCCGCCGUUUGUGUACGGUGGUAAGUCGGGAAGUGAGAAUUCCUUUGAUGAUAUGCCCAUGGACGAUGCCUAUGCCUUCGAGAACUACAAGAUGGAUUUCUCCGGGAGGGAGAGUGUGAUUAGUGCGGGAAGCUUUGAUGAGGAGGCCAACUUCCGCUACCAGCUGAAGUGUGCGGAACAAUUCAUAAAUGCUGUGUACGAUGUGGACUCAACUGAGGAGGACUUUGCGCGACCGAAGUUGAGCUUCCGGGAUAAGCUGAAGCGGAAGGAUCAUAGUGAAGGGCAGAAGGAGAAUGGACACCGGCAUGAUGAUGGUGAUAGUGCCCUUGGAGAUGAUGAAGCGGAAAGGAGAGGAAACAUAAGUCAUUUGAGUGAUGACAGUGGACAGAGCAUUCAAAAUGGACAUGCCUUUAAGAUGACUGGUAAUGAUACUGAGGAUGAUGGCAGAGAGCGAUGUCGCGCAGAUUAUGCCGUUCCUAGAACUCCGGCUAAAGCAGCCAUUCCCGUGGAGCCAAGUGCACCGCCAAGGCCGCCACCUCCUCCAACUUCGCAGGAAGAAGGACCAAGCGAGCGUAAGAGACCUAUGCCAGCACCAAGGCGGAAAUCCCCUGAAAUAGUUGUCACGCCACCAUCCACUUCCAGUCUCUUAAAAGUCGAUAUUCCAGGAAUGGAUGAAGAUCGUCCCAUGCCGAAGCCGCGUGUCCCAAGGCGACCGAGUGCAGAUUCCGAUGUGAUUUUGAAUGGAGGUGCAUCGAUAGUUGCUGCGGUAUCCCCAAUGACGCAGCCUUCAGGUGAAGGAUUAUCCAGGAGCAGCUCAAGGUCAAAUGUCAUCGACCAGACCCCUUCGUCUAAUGCUGCAAUGGCUUCCAGUCAAAGACUUCCUCAAUCGCAGCAAUCAACGAUGCAGAUUGGACAACCCAAUGGCUCACCGCACCCAAAGGGCGCAUCAUCGAGGUACCCUGACACUAACUCCUCAAACAACCCUAGAACGCAACUUGAUGAAGAGAGAGCGAAUUCCAUCGUCGAUACAACCUAUUCAGGGACACCGGGAUCUCCGGACAAAAGGUCACUGAGGUCGCCGGGUCACGUGGGUCACAAGGUGGAAGUAGAGAUUGGACAGUUCCGUUGCAAGAAGGUUCCACUCCGAGGAGGACCUCCGCCUCUCCCUCCAAGAUCAACAUCACUCACUGAGGUACCAGAUGAUGAUGAUGAUGAUGAUGAAGGAGGCACGGCACCAACAAAGGGCGUGGUAGCACCAUGGUUUAAAGCAGGCAUUCCAAAGGAGAUAGCGUUCGAGAUCCUCCAUCAACAAGAGAAAGGAGCGUUCAUUGUGCGGGAGAGUAAGAGUCAUCCAGGGAGCUAUGCUCUCUCAAUGAAGGUGGAUACCAACUUCAACGAGUCCAGUCUGGCCAACUAUCUCUUGGUCAGGACUAAGAACGGAGGUUACACAAUAAAGGGCUUUGGACGAGAUUUCCCUGACCUCCCCCGACUGGUCCACUACUACACGCUGCAUCAAGACCAGCUACCGUGCAAGCUCGUCAUCUCUGGGACCAACCCUCUCUUCAAAUUAGACGCCAAGGACGAGAUGUCGGACUCGGACGAUGAAGAGGAUCCAGACUACCGCCGCGUCACUGACUACAAAGUCAUGCUGGAGGGCGCUCAUUAAUUCCUGAAGUUAUCGCUCAAAGGUGUUUUCUCUUGUCUAAAACCGACAAUUUUUUAAAGUUAGGUGAGAUGUCUACUUCUACGAUGAAGAGGAUCCCAUCUACUGCCAUGUCACUGACUACAAAGUCAUGCUGGAGGGCGCUCAUUAAUUCUCGAAGGUGCUUCCUAAACAUGUUUACUCUUGUCCAAGACCAACACUUUUCUUAAAGCGGUUGAGGU